AUGAAACUAAAAAAUUCUCCAUAUAAAAAUAGAAGCUUUUUAAAUAUCGAACAAGAUGAUACUGCAAAUAUUAAUAUUUCUCCAAUUAGAAAAAGCAUCUUUGAAAAUUUUAAAGGAACGAUAACAAUUGAUCAACAACAUAAUAAUAUUGCAAAUAUUAUAAAUUCACCAAUUACAAGAAAUAUGUUUGGGUGUUUCAAAGAAGUUACAGCAACAACAAUAAAUGAUCAAGAUGCUAUAUAUAAUGAAAAUUUUCCAACUAGAAAAAAUCUUCUUGAAAAUAAAACACCUGGUACAAGUGGAUCUACAUGGAAAUUUAAUGCUCCAACUUAUGUUGACUUUCUUAAUGAUUUAACUGACGUAGAUGAUCAAGACCAAUUAGUUUCUGUCAUGGAUUAUAAGGAAAAAAAUUUUACUGAACCUUGGAGUAAUUCCACAUUUAGUUCAAAAAUCAAAAACUAUCAGCUAACCCCAAUUCUCAAUAAAAACUUAUUAUCUGGAAAGAGGAAUAUACAUUCAGCAUCUGGAAAAAAGGACAACAAAAAAGUUUUAUCUGAAAAUGAGACUGAACUCAAUAAUAACAACAACAACAAUAAUAACAGCGAUUCACCCAAAAAAUUUAUUUUAAAAGAAAUCAAUAAUGAUAUUACAAAAGAUGACAAUAAUAUUCAUAAUAAUAAUAAUGAUAAUAACAAUGAUUCACCCGAAAAAUUUAAUUUAAAAGAAAUUAGCAAUGAUAUUAUAAAAAAUAACAAUAAUAUUCAUAAUAAUGUUGAUGAUAAUAUUAAUCAAAGAAAGAAUGAGAAUGAGAUCAUCAAUACCAUUGCUUCUUCGCUCAUUGAUAAUUCUGCAAUUGUCAAAGAAAAGGCAUCAAUAAAUACAAAAGCCAAAAAUAUCAAAUCUAAUAUUAAUGCAACAAGAAAUACCAGAUUUAAUAUUGGAGCAACUAAAAAAAUUACAGAUAUCAAUAGCAAUAAUAAUUCCAUGAAGAAACCAAAGAAAACAACGAUUAAUCCAGUUAUUGAAAGAAAACUUGUAACCGUUCCUAAAGAAUUCCAUUUCUCUAAAAGAUUUGAUCAAUUAAGACGUAAACCAAUCAAAAAAACUAUUAAAAGAACUAUCACGGUUCCAAAACCUUUCAAGUUCCAUGAUACUCAUAAUAAAUCAAGAAAGCAGGUAGCAAAAUCACCGAUUGUGUCAUUGGCUGAAAGGGUUAAAAUGUUUAUUCAGAAAACGCCUGAGAGAUUAAAAUCAAGAUUAGUAACGUUUCAUCCACUUCCUCCUUUAUCAUUUCAUCCACCUACAAAACCAAAAUCACCAUUUUUGCAUACCAAAUUAAGAUCAAAGAAAAUAAAGUUAUUAGGAAGGAUAACAAAACGUAAAUUAUUUAAUGAGGAAAGAAAGAAACAUGGUCAACCUGAGAUCCAUAUUAAAAAGAUGAAGGUAAACGAUAUUAAUCAACAAGAAAUAUGUUUUUUACAAAAAACGACGACAAUUCAAAAACCCAUGCAUUUUGGAAAGAAUAUGCCAACUGGAAUUAAAACGCAACCGAGGAGGUUGGCUAGAAAAAAUUCACCAAUGAUUGGAGAAAAACGACGUCUUAAUAUGUUGUCAAAUGAUCGAUUUAAAAUUAAAAAGAUUUUGAAGCGGGGAAGGUAG